AUGGCAUUCAAUGGAAUCACAGAAAUCUUUUCUUCAUUCACAAGUCGUUUCUCAACUCCAAAAUCUUCAACAAAUCAAUACGUAUCAUCUGGAUUACCACCACUAGGAUCUGGUGGUGGAUCUGUUCAUGGCUAUGGUUUUCCUGGUUCUAGACAAAAGAAUCUUCUCAGACUCUCAUCCUCCCUCCAAGAUUUCUCAGCAUACCGAAGACUCGAUCCAGAAAAUGGCAAUUUUACCCCUGGAAUCGAACCAACCUCAUCAAACAUCAACCAAAUUUUACUAAGAGAAAAUGGAACCACAAGUUUCUCAAAAGAAAAACCGUCAUCACAAACCACGAUUAGAAGAAAAUGGGUACGUGCAAUCAUGGUUCUCUUUUGUCUACUUUCAUUGGCUUCUAUCAUCUAUGGUUUACUCUUUCUAUAUUCCAACUGGACUCAAUCUUCCGGAAGAUUCUAUGUUGUUCUAGAUUGUGGAAGCACUGGAACACGUGUAUACGUCUACCAAGCAUCCAUAAACCACCAAAAAACAAACGUUCUUCCCAUUUUGUUAAAAUCAAUCCCUGAAGAUCUCAAAAGCAAACCAAGUUCUCUAAGUGGGAAAGCCUACAAUCGAAUGGAAACCGAACCUGGAUUUGAUAAAUUAGUCCACAAUGUAUCCGGAUUAAAACAAGCAAUAAAACCACUUCUUUUAUGGGCUGAAAAACAAAUCCCCAAACAUUCACAUAAAUCCACUUCUGUGUUUCUUUACGCCACUGCAGGUGUUCGACGCCUCCCUGAUUCCGAUUCCGAUUGGCUUUUAAAAACCUCUUGGUCGAUUUUAAAAAAAUCAUCUUUUUUAUGUAAGAAAGAAUGGAUUAAAACCAUAAGUGGAAUGGAAGAGGCGUAUUAUGGAUGGAUAGCUUUAAACUAUCAUGCUCGUGUCCUUGGAUCUUCUUUACCAAAAAAAGAAACAUUCGGUGCACUUGAUUUAGGUGGAUCAUCUUUACAAGUGACAUUCGAAAGCAAUGAUUAUGUCAACAAUGACACGAGUUUGAAUUUACGGAUUGGCCCUUUAAACCAUCAUUUAAGCGCGUAUUCUUUAGCGGGAUACGGUUUAAACGACGCGUUUGAUAAAUCUGUUGUCCAUAUUUUAAAAAAAAGUCCGAAUUCCAUCAAGGGUAAUUUGGUCAAAGGAAAAGCCGUGAUCCGACACCCGUGUCUCCAAUCUGGAUACAAAGAGAAAUACAUUUGCUCCCAAUGUCUUUCCGCUUUCCAAACAUCAAACAUAAAGAGAAACCUUUUGGGUAAAGGGGUAAAAUCGGGAAUUCCCGUUCAACUAAUCGGAUCUCCAAAAUGGGAAGAAUGUAGCGCGUUAGCUAAAGUAACGGUAAAUUUAUCCGAAUGGUCAAAUAUAACCCCGGGACUCGACUGUGAUUUACAACCGUGUGCCCUUCAAAAUUCCCUCCCUCGCCCCUACGGGAAUUUCUACGCGAUGUCCGGUUUUUACGUGGUGUAUCGUUUUUUCAACUUGAGUUCCGAUUCUGCCCUUGAUGAUGUUCUAGAAAAAGGGCGUGAGUUUUGUGAAAAAACAUGGGAGUCUGCUAAAAGAAGCGUGCCACCUCAGCCUUUUAUAGAACAGUAUUGUUUUAGAGCGCCUUAUAUUGUGGUGUUGUUGAGAGAAGGGUUGCAUAUAACAGAUAGACAAGUGAAUAUUGGGUCAGGGGGGAUUACAUGGACAACUGGGGUUGCAUUGUUGGAAGCUGGGAAUUCAGUAUCGAGUAAAAAAGGGUUUUAUGAUUAUAGAUUAUUUGAAAUGAAGAUAAAUCCGGUUUUUGUUUAUGUGAUUUUGAUUGGAUCGUUGUGUAUGGUGAUUUGUGCAUUGUCAUUUGCGGGGAAUUGUGUCCCGAGGUUUUUUCGGAGGUUUGUGUUUAGGCGGAAUAAUGGUUCAGGGAGUUCCGUGCUGAGUAUAUCAAGUCCUUUUAGUUUUCGGAGGUGGAGUCCGAUUAUUUCAGGGGAAGGAAGGGUUAAGAUGCCACUGAGCCCAGUGGCAAGUUCGCAAAACCGAGCCUUCAUAAUACCAGUGGAUUCUACUCGGGCCCACACCGAGGCCAAAUGCGCCUGCAGAGUAGACGAUCGCAAUCCCGUGAAGACCUUAAUUGUUCUGUUGCUGAUGCUCAUUUGGUCAAAGUCUGAGAUCACAACAAAUGCCUCGGUAAUUAUCUCAGCUAAAUCCAGGCUCGUUUCAUCUAAAGAUCCACACGAGCUGAUUUUCAGUCGAAAACAAAGAAGAAUGAUUGCAAUGAACUUUAGUUUGUAGAUUAAAAAAUGUUAAAUAUAGAAAUGGCGUUGACUAGAGAGGGAUGAAAUCUAGAACACGUUGGUACAAAGUAGAUGUCCGUUGGGUUAAAACCUAAAACACAUAGAUGUCGUUUGUUUUAGGUUAAAAUAUAUAGAUGCCGU